CAAUUCUUAUAAUUUUUUAACAAUAUUUAUUUACAAUUUUUUAAUUUUUAGAAAUGAUUUUUAAAACUCAUAGUUUUUUUAUGUUUUUACUGGGAAUAAUUGGAGGAAUUUUUUUUCCACAUUAUCUCAAAUUUGGCUUGCAGCUUUACUAUGAAAAUUGCAGAGAAAAACGAAGCUUAGAAAGAAUAACAAAUAUCAUUAGUAUAGAACGAGUAGAAAAGCCUAAACUUAAGAAAAAGAAAUUUAUUUUUAUUGGAGUUAUGACUGCUGAAAAAUAUCUUGAUAGUCGAGCAAGAGCUGUCUAUGAAACUUGGGGAUCAGACUUAAAAGGUUAUGGAAAGCUAAUGUUUUUUGCUAGCAGCCAGACAAAAAACAGUGAUUUGCCUGUAGUUUUUUUAGAUGGUGUUGAUGAUUCCUAUCCACCACAGAAGAAAUCAAUGAUGAUGUUAAAAUAUAUGCAUGAUAACUACAUUAAUGAGUAUGAAUGGUUUGUUCGUGGAGAUGAUGAUGUUUACAUACGUAUUGAUAAGUUACAUAAUUUCUUAAUUACUCUUAACAGCAGUGAUGAUCUUUAUAUUGGACAAACUGGAAGAUAUAAAGAAACUUUACGAUUCGGUAUCAAAGAAAACUACUGCUUGGGCGGUCCAAGUUUUGUGUUUACUUCUAGUGCUCUUUAUAAAUUGAUACCAUAUGUAAAAUACUGUCUUGAACAUUUAAAGACUAAACAUGAAGAUGUUGAAGUGGGAAGAUGCUUGAAAAAUUUUGUUGGAAUCUCAUGCACCUGGGCUUUGGAGAUGGAAUCUCUAUUUUACCACAAUCGUGCAGGAAAUAAUGCUUUAAUCAAGUUAAUAAAAACAAAUGCUUUUUACAAUGCUAUUACAAUACAUCCUGUAAAAAAGUCUCCAUACAUGAAAAUACUGCAUCUUCAUUUUUUGGAAUUGAAAGUCAAAGAGUACACUCAAGAAACAUUGCUCUUGCAAAGACAGCUCAAAACACUUGAUACAAUUCUAUCAAAAGAUUUUUUUAAUUUGUCUUCCGAUGAGAUGGUUUCUUUGAAAAAUGUAAAGAAUUUUUAUAAUCAAAUGCCAAAAGAUGAAGAACUUGAUUGGGAUAUGUUUACAUCUAAAAAUGUUUAUUCGUGUGAUAAGACAAAAAAGACGCUGUCCGGUCCAUAUAAACAAAGCACAAAUGAAGUCUUGCGUCAAAUGAUGAUCAUUCUUAAUAAAGAAGCUCGUGAAAGAUUGCAACAAAUGCUGGUUUUUAAGCGAUUAAACUAUGGUUAUCAUCGUCAUCAUCCCAAGUAUGGUGCACAGUAUAAACUAAACAUUCUUAUGAAUUACCAUGCUCCUUUGGGUUUGAACAAUCAAAAACUAAAUAUUCACAUAGAGCGCCACAUCUAUUUGCAACGACCAUUUGGGAAUGCUAUUUAUUCAAUUGACCAUAUAAAAAAUGCUUUAAAAGGUGUUCUUCAUUUUAUUUUACCGCUAGAUGGUCAGUUUGCUUCUUUUGUAAAUUUUAUGUUGCUUUAUGAAAAGUUGUGUUUACAACGCAGGCUUGAUACCUCGCUCACUGUUGUCUAUUUUAGUAAAGUCACAGCAUCUAAGAACCAUAUACAGUAUUUUACUAGUAUUAAAGUCAAGUAUCCUCAUUCUAUUUUGCACUGGAUAGAACUGAACGUUUCUUUUUCACGCUCUUUAGGAUUAUCAACGGGUGCUUUAAGUUACAAUAAAAGUGCAUUACUUGUUUUUUUUGAUGUUGAGGUGAAAUUUACUGAAGAUUUUUUAAUACGUUGUAAAACCAACACCAAGUUGGGUGAGCAGGUAUAUUAUCCAAUGGUUGCUAUUCUUGUUAAUCAACUGCCUUUAUUUCAAAAUGCUUUUAAAUCUAGUUCUAAAUACAAUGGUUUUUGGAGUGCGAAUCACUAUAAAAUAUCAUGUCAGUAUCGAGCAGAUUUUGAUCAGGCCGGUGGUUUUAAUACAUCGCUUUCAGAAGAAGAAAACAAAGAUGCAGAUUUAUAUGAAAGGUAUCUUAUUAACGGACCCUCCGUAUUUCGUGCAUUUGAUCCUGGUCUAUUUCAAACGCAUGAAUUACCUUUUCAGACAUAGCUAAAAAGGAUUUUUUGGUCUAUUUAUUUAUUAACUUUAUUUUUUCUCAAUUUUUAGAGAUA